GUGGUGGCCAGCAGCCACAGGAAGAUGCUUCCUUGACAGACACCGCUGAGCAGGUCUACAUUUCUUCUCUGGCCUUGCUGAAGAUGUUGAAGCACGGCCGCGCCGGAGUUCCGAUGGAGGUUAUGGGCCUUAUGCUCGGGGAAUUCAUUGAUGACUACACCGUACGCGUAGUGGAUGUCUUCUCGAUGCCGCAGUCAGGAAACAGUGUGAGCGUCGAGGCGGUAGACCCGGUGUUCCAAGCCAAGAUGCUGGACAUGCUGAAGCAGACGGGUAGGCCGGAAAUGGUGGUUGGCUGGUACCACUCUCACCCUGGCUUCGGGUGCUGGUUCUCCGGCACGGACAUCAACACCCAGCAAAGCUUCGAGCAGUUGAACCCCAGGGCGGUGGGUGUGGUGGUGGAUCCCAUCCAGUCCGUGAAGGGUAAGGUCGUGAUCGACUGCUUCAGGCUUAUCAACCAUCAGAUGCUGAUGCUGGGGCAGGAGCCCAGGCAGACGACAUCCAACAUUGGCCACCUGAACAAGCCCAGCAUUACAGCUUUGAUCCAUGGUCUGAACCGCCACUACUACUCCAUCGCAAUCAACUACCGAAAAAACGAUCUGGAGCAGAAGAUGCUGCUAAACCUGGGAAAGAAGAAGUGGCAGGACGGAUUGAAGCUCACCAACUUCGACACGCACGAGGGUGAUAAUGAGAAGACGGUGAAAGAGAUGCUAGACCUCACUGAGAAAUACAACAAAGUUAUUCAGGAGGAGUUCAAGAGUACCGAAGACGAGUUUGUCGUCAAUCAGGCCGGCAAGAUCGACGCCAAGAAGAGGCUUGAGCGUGACAUUGAGGAGAUCAUGAACAACAAUAUCCUGCAGUCCUUGGGGUGCAUGUUGGCCACGGUGGUCUUCUGA